AUGACGGACCAGUAUCUCCAGGAGCAGCAUACAUAUGCUAUUGCCCGAAAUGCCCAUUCAGAUGUUGCGGCCGUGAACCCCGAACCUGAUGAGAGGACCAGUUGGGUGAUGUUAUCGCGAACUGGGGAGAUUGUCAGACUGCCCCAUGAGCACAUACUGCAUACUACGGGCUCCAGGAUAAUCUAUUUACCUUCCAAGCCUACGGAAGAAUUCAAGUCCUUUGCCGCACCAAUACUGAACUUUGAGGAUUCCCACAUCUCAUCGCCGUGGUUUGGAUCCUGGUAUUGGUUCGCCGUCGUCACGCCGGUUUCUCAAGGGGGCAUCCCGCCGGACAUUGUGCGGGUUGAGGUAAAGUUAACGUUCAAGGACGGUGGGCACAAUGAGUUCAGGGACAAAUUUGAAGAGCUGAAGGAGAGGCUUCAUCACGUCAGGGACAUCGAGAGGGAAACGGGCCAGAGCAUCAGAAUACCUGACGAGCCCCUGCCAGCGUACGAGGCACCACUCAACGCACCCAGUUCCUCUACGAGUCGCCUUGCCGCCCCGCAACCCGUCCCAGCCCGAUCCGAUAGCUCUGCGAGUAGAGGCCGUGCGCCGGAUGAGCCACCGCCGGGUUAUGAGGAAGCUCAAGCGCAAACCAUCAGUAUGAGACUCGAAGAUCACAUUCGGGACGCUGUGGAGAGAGGUAGUGAUGACUAG